AUGGUGAAAAUACCAGUUAGAUUCAAAAGGGUAGCGGCAGUUUUCAAUGAGGGGGCUAGGAUUAGGACAUGUGAUGAGAGCAGCGGCAGCGAGCACUCGGCGGAUUUGUCUGAUCUUGUGAAUUCAUUUAUAGAGAGAGAAAUCAGAGAAAGAAGAGAAAGCGAAGAAGAUAUUCAAGAGAGAGAAGAUAAUGAGAUUGAAUUGGAAAGCAAUUCUCACAACUCUGAACUGAAAGAUUCGUUGAAAAAACUGUUGGGAUGUGAAACUGAUGAUGUUAAAAGAAGAAUUCAUGCUGAGGUAGAAAUGGCCUACAAGGAAAUCGGUGAUUACAGCUCGUCGGAACUGAAACGCCGGUUAAUGUCUCGGUUACGCGAUAGAGGCUUUAAUGCCGGUCUUUGCAAAUCAAAGUGGGAGAAAAAUGGCGACUGCAUAUCUGGGGAUUAUGAGUACAUUGACGUAAAUGUUGGAGGGACUCGCUACAUAAUUGAAGUUCUUCUAGCAGAAGAAUUCAGAAUAGCUCGUCAAACGGACUUCUACACCUCCUUACUCCAUCUUUUUCGUCCAGUUUUUGUUGGUCAAGUAGAUGAACUGAAGCAAAUUGUAAGGCUAAUGUGCAGUGCGAUGAAGAAGUCCAUGAAGCGCGUGGAAAUUCACGUGCCGCCAUGGCGCCGAUUUGCCUACAUGCAAGCCAAGUGGCUGGGCUCUUACAAACGAACAACUAAUGAAAUUCCUGUCCGAAAUGGAUCAAAUUUCGGUGAAGCUUUGCCAGAUAAGAGAUCGGUUGGGUUCGUUCCUGUGCCGGAAAUUUCUUUCUGUUGCAGAGAAAAUUUUGCUCGCCGGGAUGGUGCAAGAAUAGGAAACUUGGCUGCAGCUUUGAAGGACAGUGGAGUGCUACUCUAA